CUCACUACUUCUCCUUUCACUCUGCCGAACGCCUUUGUGCAGACCCCAUAGCUUCAGCACGCUCUACGCGGUCGCGGGCGUCGGGCUUCAAACAAGCAUUGCACGGAUGUGAUUUACCUAGCACUGCCGCCAGCAGGGUUUCCUGCUGACGCCUGUGAUAUUUCUGGCUGGCGCAGAAACGACCCCGAAUUAUAAUCAGGAGGAGCAAGUCUUCACAACAACACAAAAAGACAUAGGGUCACUCCACCACCUCGUCCCCCGCCCCGCCAGUGAGGCCACCUUCACACAAUGGCUUACGGCGACUCGCCCACAACGUGGACGGGUCAACCACGUAUCCGCGGCGGAAGCGAAUCGAUGCGCAUGUUCCUCCUCACUUUCUCGCUGAUAGGAUUGCAAUUCUGCUGGGGAACGGAACAGACUUAUGCUACACCUUACCUUCUCGCUUUGGGGUUGUCGAAGGGAGCGAUGAGUCUGGUGUGGGUUGCCGGACCACUUUCGGGAUUGAUCAUGCAGCCGAUCAUUGGCAUGAUCAGUGAUAAGAGCACGAGUAAAUAUGGGAGACGGAGACCAUUCAUGAUUGGAGGGACAGUCGCUGUUGCGGUCUGCUUGUUGAUUUUGGGAUGGGCGAUUGAGAUUGUGGAGUGGUUUGUGCCUGGUACUGGGGCUGAGAUUGUGGAAAGAAGGAGAGCUUUGACGAUCAGGCUUGCGAUCUUCGAUAUUUAUGUUCUCGACUUUGUGAUCAACAUCGCACAAGCUACGUGUCGGGCACUCGUGGUCGAUGCCUUGCCGGUGGAGAAACAGCAAACAGGCGGAGCAUGGAUAACACGAAUGGUGGGGCUGGGGCAUAUUCUGGUGUUUGGGUUUGGAGCUCUGGAUCUCAACUACUGGCUUCCUCCCAUGCUUGGGGACACUCAAUUUAAGAAGGUCUGCGCGUUUGCGGCUUUCAUGAUGGUGUUCACUUUCAGCGUGAAUUGCUGGGCUGUGACGGAGAAGGUUCUGGUUGUAGAUCCAAGGAGUGCAACGGACAGCGACCAAAGCUUGCUUGCUAUCAUCAAGCAAAUUUACAGUCGAGCUCUGCACGUCCCGCAGCGCAUUCAGUACAUCUGCAAUGUGCAAUUCUGGUCUUGGAUCGGCUGGUUCCCCCUCAUGUUCUACGGCAGUACAUGGGUGGGAGAGAUCUAUCUGCGGCACGGUCUCGAUGGCAUUCCUCCAUCAUCAACGGACGCGUUGAGCCAGGUUGGGCGAGCGGGAAGCACAGCGCUCAUCAUUCACUCAACGAUCGGAUUCGUCACGGCAAUCAUAUUGCCGACGCUCGUGACAAGUCCCGGUGACGACGAGAAAGCACACUCCUUCACUCCACGACCACCAAAGGGCCUUGAGGCGGUCGCCAAAGUGCCAUUCAUCAAGCCUCAUCUCCUGGACGUCUGGACCUUUGGAUGUGCAAUGUUUACCAGUUGUCUGGUAUUCGCGCCAGUGGUCAAGUCCGUCCGCUUCGCUACCUUCCUAAUGGCAGCUGCUGGUAUCCCGAGUGCUAUCGCUGGGUUUGCAAGUGCUACCUUGAUCGGAGUCGAGAUCAACAGACUGGGUAGCACACUUCCUACAAGUGGUCCCAAAGGAACACGCACACCUAACAGUCGCCGCUCAUCCAAUGACUUCGAAAUGGACGAGCCUUCGCUUCUCCGACGGCCCUCCCAAUCUGGAGCACAUUCACAGAGUGGGGAACUCAGUGGGAUAUACCUUGGAAUCCUGAACAUUUACACGACGAUUCCACAAUUCGUAGGCACGUUCAUCAGCUUUGUCGUAUUCAGGAUCCUAGAGCCGGGGAAAAGUCCCGAACUUGCCAAAGAUGCACAUCCAGAUGAUGUGCAUUCUACCGAAGGGUUGAGUGGUAUUGGUGUGUGCCUGUUUAUUGGCAGCAUGAGCUCAGUCAUGGCUGCUCUUGCUACGAGAAAACUGAAAGAGCGAUAGAUGUAAUAGAUUUAGAAUAUGCAUUGGGUCCGGCUGAACCGGGGAGUACUAUGGCUUUUCCA